AUGGCGAUGCACCUGAGACGACUAGGUCACAAUCGAAAGCUUGCGUCUAAUGUUGCUCGUCCCAUAGAGCUGUGGUCAAGAUCUUUUGCAGCUUCGCCGAAAGAUGACGAUGAACCAAAACCCAGUCAAAUUCAGCUUCAGGCACAGGAGAUGUUGGACAUAUGUUCAAGAGGCGUCGGGCAAGUGAUCUUUCUCAAUUCACCUACAUCAGGAGCAGUCAUUCUAGGCGGUCUCGCCAUCAGUAGUCCUUAUCUAGCAGGAUUGGGGGCUCUUGGUGCUAUUACCGCAACCGGUACGGCGAAGCUUGCCGGAAUGGAUAACGGUAUGCUAAAGGAUGGACUAUGGACAUACAAUGGAUGCUUGGUUGGAUGCGCUGCAGCUGUAUUUGGUCCAGCCUCCGUAUUAGCAUGCACAACUUCGACCAUUGUUGGUGCCGCGGCGACACCAUUUGUUUCAGCAACCCUCAAGGAAAUAAUGAUCAUGCCUCAGUGGACAUACUCCUUCAAUGCUGUCGCCUUGACAUCGCUGUUGCGAACGCGGCCUUUGCUCCCUCCACCAGAAACCUCAACUGAAGCAGUAGAACCAAUUGUGAGCACUGUCGGAAUGGGAGACAUAUUGGUGGCGCCAUUCACUGGAAUAUCCCAAAUUUUUGUCGUUGAAUCUGCGCUCUCUGGAGGUAUCAUCUGGUACGGAAUUGGAAUGUACUCGCCCGGACUUGCAGGUCACGCACUCAUGGGAUCCGCCAUUGGAAUGCUCUCUGGUGCUCUCAUGGGAGCGGAUGCUUCCGAACUUGCCAUGGGCCUGUGGGGCUACAACUCCGCAUUGACCAGCAUGGCUGUUGGAGUCUUCUUUGUUCACUCAAUCCCAGCCGUCGCACUGAGUGCUUUUGGUGCGGCCGCAACAGCCAGUGUAUUUGGUGCCAUGAAAACGAUCGGCGGGAUCUAUGGAGCUCCAGCAUUGACGUUGCCAUUCUGUACCACCGUGUCCGCGUGCUACCUGUUCGGAAAGCAAGUGAAGGGUCUGGAAUUCGCAUCGGCACCGCACUCUCCGGAGAAGAACAAACCAUGA